CCCCCUCUCACUGGACUCAAACUGGCAGUGAACUCACGCACAUGCGUGAGCUUCGCCGAGGCUCGGUCGGAAAGAGACACUCGGGCGGCUCGGGCUUUGGAAAAAGUGGGACUUCCGCUGGUUUUCUGUCCCUGUCUUUUUUUUUUUUUUUGGUGGACUAUUAGAUGAGAGCAGAGGAAAUCUCAGCCCCAGUCUCCUCCAGCACUGACCACCAAGCACCACUAUUGGGCUGCAUCCAUGACUUUACAUACCUGGCUGGUGUAUAGGCUUGGAUUUAUCUUGGUUUGGGCACUCUACUUGAAACAGGUCCAGGGCCUGCAGUGCUAUGGCUGCAACAUCAUCCAGGGCCAGAGGUACGUGGACGUGGGCUGCUCCAACCCAGAGGUCAUCACCUGCACCCACUCGCACAAAGGCUUCAAACACCGCUUCUGCAUCAAGACGGAGAGCACGGCCCUGGGAAUCCUCCUGACCAGUGGUUGUGCCACAUCCAGACACUGCCAGCAACAUGAGCUGCCGGGGGUGCGCAUCCACUGCUGUGACUCGGACCUGUGUAACAGCGCCGCCUCCUGGCACCCGGGCGCACUGCACUACAUCGGUGCCCUUUUCGGCCUCUUGCUGCUGAGGAUGUGGUUGUGAUAUGGAGUCAGUCUGGAGAGGGACAUAAAACCAGUGGACUAUGAGGGGUGGGGGGGGUUACUGGCGAGCACCUUAAAAUAGAAGCUUUGGUUACACUGUUACCUUGGAUUUACACUUUACAAAAAUAACCUUGUGAAUAUGUUGCAAAAUAACUACAAAGCAGCUUGCAGUCAUCCGUGACUUUUUUGUGCAGAUCCACUUACUUAAAUGUAGCGUGAGGUACAGUGUAUAGGAUGCUUAAGAACCAUUUGUUGCCAUUAAAGAAAGAUCUUAGAGUCAUAAUGUCAGUUCACGCCUCGUAUCAGAUACACAGACGUGAUAAUAAAGGCUUACAUACUUGAACAGUAAGACAUAAAGGAUAUUUGACUUGUUAUGCAGUUCAUAUUUUUUCUCAAGAUCAGAUCUUUGUUGUGCAGUAUUUUCUUUUAAAGUCACCGUCAUUAUUUACUUUGCAAAGGUUAAUAUAUUUUUUUUAGAUUGCUGUUCAGUUGUUCCCAUGGUUGGGAAAGCACACUGCAUGUGGUUGUAUGUGAAAUUGUAAACAUAUUGUACAGUGAAAGCAUGUUAUGUUGUUAAUUACUGAAUUAAAAUGUUUCAUAUUUUUUUAAUGUG